AUGGUUCAAAAUUGUUUUGUGACUGAAAAGAUCUUGAAGGAACAUAACUUGACUGAGCUGAGGCUGAAAACAACAAUGGACAGAGAAGAGUACAAUGCAACAAAAGUUUACUUUGAGAGAGUUGCACUUAGAGGUUAGUCAACAGAAAGUUACAUAGAUGACUUAUCUUUUCAAAAAUAGUUGAUAGGUUUUUGUACACAAUCCACUACUCUUUCGCAAUGGAGUACCAUAGGGUUUUAAGAUUUAUGCAAAGUUUCUGACCAGGACAGAACUUGUUGUAACAUUGAAUAAGCUUGUGUUGGCUAUUUAAGUCCUGACAAUGCUAGAAGUGAUUUGUUUACAAGAUAUUGGUCAGCCUCAGUCUAAAGUUUCACUAUGAGUUGGUUGAAUUCUCUUCAUUUUAACAAAUUUAAACAGUUUAUGCUUAGUGAUUUUAGAAUGUGCUUUAAUUCUUACACAAUAUAGGUGUGUAUUUCUUUUAUCUUAUUCAAUUUUUUUGUUUCAAGCGUAGUAAUAUUCAUAUUUUUUAUUAUCAGACUAGGCGUAACAAUAUUCACAUUUUUUUAUUAUCAGACCUUUGUAGCUUGUACAUGUACUGUAUGUUUUGUUUACCCAUUUCAGGUCUUGUGAUAUUUACUCUAGAGAACUUACUCUUUCCUCUCUGGUCCCAUUUUUUUUUAUGAAUAUGGAUUACAGUAGUCACAUUUGCCAUCCGUAGUAACUUUUUUCUUCAAACAAGGAGUUAUUUUAAGUAAGAGAAGGGAACUAAUUUCAGAAUCUGAUUUGAAAAUUUAUGACAUGAGGAUCUCACUUGAUUUUACCAAUAUCAAAUUUUGAAAUUGUUAAGUCUUUGAGAACUUCUUUUACGUGAGAAAUUCAGUAUAUUCUAAUAAUAUAUGUGGUUCCUCCACUAUCCCUAACAUAAUUGAUCAUGAUCUACUUGCCACUGUAUGCUGUUGGCAAUCAUUGCUAAUUUAUUUUGGCUCAUGUAUGUUUUUCAGAAAUUAGAGAAACUAUACCAGGGAGGGAUGAGAGAUCAGCAUCUGUCAGUGCAGAUCAGCCUUGCAAGCAACUCAAGGAAGAGUUGACUUCUGAUGACUACAGUAAAGGUAAAUUGUGAGGGCAUUAGGUGAAUCAUCCAAUUCAAAUUUCCUUUCACCUUACUCAGUAUACCUUUGUUGUCACUUUGAGUUGGUUGAAUUCUCUUCAUUUGUUUAUUUUUUUUUAAUAAACCUGGCACCAGCAACCUGUCACCACUGCGUAUACAGUGCUCAUUUUCUUUGGGUUUUGUUUUACUUUAUUUGUAAUUAUAAACUUAAUAUGGAAAAUGGGUAAGCAAAUAGUUUUAGUCAGCCAUAAUUUGUGAUUGAGGGUUUAUGAACAAAGGAAUUAUGUAUAUGGUGACUUUGAAGAAAAAUCAGAUCUUUGUUAUACAGUCAACCCUUGAUUAUCUGCAUUUUUUUAUUUUCCACCCUUGCCUAUCUGGUCCAAUUUUUGUAAUAUUAUAAAUAAAUCAUAUUCAAGAUUCAUCACAACAUUUUGCACAUGUAGCUAAACUCCCUUUAAACUGAAUUUUUUUUGCUUUUCAAAGCUGUUGAAUGUUUUAAGAAGUGAUUAACAUGGUUGGUAAGACAAAAAACAGAAUUGACAGUAUUCAACUAACUUGGUAACUUCAAAAAAUGAUGAAAUUUAGCAAAGCGUACAUGCUGUAGCAACUUGAGACAAACUAAAUUAUGCUAGCAUUUCAGGUUGGUGUAAAACAUUGGUUAGCUUGUAAAUACCUUUGGUAAAUACUUUUAACAACUUGAAACAGUUUAUGCACAAUGAUUUUAGAAUGAGCAAGUCCAGGCAAGCUUCAGGCAAGCUUCAAAUGAAAAGGUUAAACGAAGUUCGUCCUCCGCAGCCCCUCAAUCUGUGAAGCGCCGUAUAGAUAAAUUUCAUCCUAACUCCUACAACGCCAUUGGCUGGAAAUACAGCGCUUUUUCAAAACUUUCCACCUUUUUUUUUUUCGCUAUUAAAGAACAGCUGCAUGAAGCGUGCAUAUAAUAAAUCUUCUGUUAUCUUUGAAGGAGUCAUUCGCUGCUCUCGCCAUUUUAAUGUCGGUAAUUAAACUUUUUUUUUAACAGAUUCUGUAUUAAAGAAGUCCAGGCAAGCUUCAAAUGAAAAGGUUAAACGACGUUCGUCCUCCGUUGCCACUCAAUCUGAGAAGCGCCUUAAAGGUAAAUCUCAUCUUAAGUCCUACAACGCCAUUGGUUAGAAAUCCAGCGCUUUUUCAAAACUUUCCACCCUUUUCUUUUUUGCCAUUAAAGAACAACUUCAUAAAGCCUGCAUGUAACAAGCCUUUUGUUAUCUUUGAAGGAGUCAUUCGCUGCUCUUGCCAUUUUAAUCUUGGUGAUUAAACUUUUUUUUUACCAGAUGCCGCGGUAAACAAGUCCAGGCAAGCUUCAAAGGAAAAGGUUCAACGACGUUCGUCCUCUGUUGCCACUCAAUCUGUGAAGCGCCGUAAAGGUAAAUUUCAUUUUAAGUCUUACAACGCCAUUGGCUGGAAAUCCAGCGCUUUUUCAAAACUCUCCACCAUUUUUUUUUUGCCAUUAAAGAACAGCUGCAUGAAACCUGCAUAUAACAGGCCUUCUGUUAUCUUUGAAGGAGUCUUUCUAUGCUCUUGCCAUUUUAAUCUUGGUGAUUAAACUUUUUUUUACCAGAUGCCGCGGUAAACAAGUCCAGGCAAGCCUUAAAUGAAAAGGUUAAACGACGUUCGUCCUCUGUUGCCACUCAAUCUGUGAAGCGCCGUAAAGGUAAAUUUCAUUUUAAGUCUUACAACGCCAUUGGUUAGAAAUCCAGCGCUUUUUCAAAACUUUCCACCCUUUUUUUUUUUGCUAUUAAAGAACAGCUGCAUGAAGCCUUCACAUAACAAGCCAUUUGUUAUCUUUGAAGGGUCAUUCGCAGUUCUUGCCUUUUUAAUCUCAGUGAUUAACAUCAAUGGUUAUUCAAAGACAUGUGCGUUCAAGAACGAAGUAUGUUGUUUACUUGCAGGUUCCGACCAUUGUCUAAUUGUGGAACACCUUGAAGGUGAAUACAUCAGACGCUCCAAUUUAAAACCACUGCUGUGGGAUAGCGACAUCCAACUACCUAUUGAUGAAGUCUACACAAGGUUGCAAAUGAAUUGGAGAAAGAAGGCGUACUUUCAGCUAACAGAGAAGAAGGUUCACAUGUAUGAAAUUUUCAAGCCUGCUAGGAAGGGUGAAAAGGGCGCCAGAAUGGUACUUGUAGAAGGAAACCCUGGGAUUGGGAAGACUACGUUUUGCCUUAAAAUUGCAAAUGAUUGGGCCAAAAAUUUAGUACCAGUAGAGUUUGACUUCCCCAUGUUUCAGUUGUUGUUUCUUCUGAAAUGCUGUGAUAUUCACGAAGAUACUAAAGACAUAGUACAAGCCAUCGAUGAGCAACUUCUGAAUGAUGACAUUAACAAUAAGGAAGAAUUUUUGGAUCACAUCAGAGAUGGUAAGAAUCAGGACGUGAUUCUUUUAAUUCUGGAUGGUCUUGAUGAGUUACCAGAAGCAUCAGAAAAAGUCGUAGAUAGGCUAUUUAGAAGAAAAGUUUUCUCGCGCUGUUUUAUUUUGGCCACCUCACGCGAAGAAAAAGGAAUCGAUGUCCGGCGGCGCUAUGACUUUGAUACACUCUUGCAGAUUAAAGGGUUUACCUCAAAGAACGCUACAGAUUACGUCAGAAAGCAUUUUAAAAGCGUUGAUCCACAAAAUUUGUCAAAAGGCGAGAAGCUCCUUGAAGCUGUUCAAACAAAUACUCACCUAAGUGUGCUAAGGAGCAAUCCGUUGAAUCUACUUCUCUUGUGCGUCGUCUUUGAAGACUUUGAAGGGGAACUACCAUCUAAUCGCACUAAGCUUUAUCAGAUUAUUUUUCGAUGCUUGUUGAGGCGAUAUUGCUCCCGAAAUGGCUUGAACGUUCAUCGGAAUGCCGACAAAGCCCUAGAGAAUCAAUUUAAAGAGUCCCUACUUGUGCUAGGGGAGUUAGCGUGGAGUUGUCUUCGAGAAGACCGCCAUUCGUUUUCAGAAGAGGAACUGGACAAGUUAGAACAUUCGAGGACCCAUGUGAGAAGAUUUCCAGCUAUCAAAUUGGGCCUUGUUUUCAUGGAAGCCAGUUCAAGGCCAAGUCAGGAACCAAGACAUCAGUGUCAUUUUCUUCACAAAACAUUUCAAGAGUUUUUAGCUGCCUUUUACCUAGCGAACCAGUUGUCAAGAAGACAACUUAACCUUACUAAUCAUUCUCUUUUCUGCAAAGAAAGUAUGUUAGGUAGAUACAGAGAAGUAUUUUUCUUUUUAGCCGGCAUAUUAGGCAUGGAAGGAAGGGUGUUUUUCAAAGAGAUUGUUGCGAUUUUAAGAGAACACUUGCGCUGGGACUACGUGGACGCAGUGUGUGAGUUCUUACUUAAGCUUUUGAAAGAGAGUGGUGCUGCAGACGAUUUAGGCAAAGUUGCCUGCUCCCGUAUUCCAUUACCAAACGUUUUGAAGUUGGAUCGGUUCCUGCGGCCUUUUUUGAAACUUAUACGAUAUGUGUGCGAAGGCGCCAUACUCGAAGGUGAUGCGGCAUCAGUGCAGCUAACUAAACUAAGCCUGUCGGACGUGCAGUUUUUCAGUGAAGACAAUGUGAACGAUCUCCAUGGAAUUCUCGGAAGCAGUCAAACUCUCACAGAGCUUGUCAUUGGUAAUAUCGAGAACAUAUCCCCUGAUGUUGCAGAUCUGUUCGCUGAGAGUUUUUCGUCAAGCACGUCACUAAGAACAGCCACGCUAAAACUGUUUGACGUGAGUAGUGAGAGGUGCGCCAGUAAUGUUAGUACCUUGUUAUCGACUCUCUCGCAAUUGGAAUGUCUUUCGCUUGAAGUCUUUGGUGUUCUGAACAACACUGCUGCACAAGUCGUGAAAGCUUCAUUCAAAUCAUCGCGAAUUUCUCUCGUGCUUAUUGUUCAUGGGGAUCAGAAUGACUGUUUAAUGUCGACUGUUAGUGAAGGACUUGCAGAUGAAACCGCGGUAAAGUCUCUUAGUCUUGUCGUUUAUGGAAGAGUUAGCAACCCUGGAAUCGUAGCACUGCAGAAAGGUGUUCUGCGAAAUAGAACUUUGCACUCUUUAGAGUUAAAGAUUUACGGAGAUAUCCCAGAUGCGUGGAUGGCAGCUGUUGCUACCGUACUGGCAGCCAAUAAGUCAUGGAAGUCUCUUAUUAUUCAUCCAAAUGUGUACGGGAAAAUUAAAUAUGAAGCAGGUUUGCUGCCCUAUCCUAUUCGAGGUGAUGCCUCACUAGAGAAGUCAUUAACCGUGAACGUCUGCUGUGAACUGAGCGUUCACAGCUUAAAAGCCCUUACAGAGUUUUUCAAGGAAAGUUCGCCACUAUCUGGUUUGCAGUUGAAUGUCCAAAGUAAACAAAGCAAUGAAGUCGUGGAUUGUCUAGUAGACUAUUUUCUGGCUAACAAUUCACUGUCCUCACACAGUAUUAUUAACCUUAGUGGUGAAAUCAGAAGCUACGAAGGAACUGCUCUUCAGAGAUUAGUUCAAGAGGGUCAAAAGCAUUCUGUCUCAGUGCACUUGAAUGGUCUUGAUGAGGAUCACUUUUUAAGUGGUUUUUAUACUCUCGCCAAUUUUUCGUCAGCGUCGGCCGCGUUUUUAGUUGAUGGAAAGACUGCCACAUACCUUGAAGUCAUCAAACUAUUAAGCUCUGCGACAACAUCCUCGUUCAAUCUCACAGUUAAUCAUCACGCUGCUGUGGGAAGGGAAGACUGGGCAAAGGGUGUGGGUAGCGGCUUGGCGAACAGUCUUACAGUUAACAAUCACGCUGAAGAAAUGGGACUCUGGGCCAGCCGUGUGGGUGAUGGUUUGGCGAACAGCAGAUCACUAACUACAUUCAGUCUCACAGUUAACAAUCACGCUGAAGACAUCAUGGGAGUCUGGGCCAGCGGUGUGGGUGAUGGUUUGGCGAACAGCAGAUCACUAACUACAUUCAGUCUCACAGUUAACAAUCACGCUGAAGACAUCACGGGAGACUGGGCCAGCGGUGUGGGUCAUGGUUUGGCGAACAGCAGAUUACUAACUACAUUCAGUCUCACAGUUAACAAUCACGCUGAAGACAUGGGACUCUGGGCCAGCGGUGUGGGUGAUGGUUUGGCGAACAGCAGAUUACUAACUACAUUCAGUCUCACAGUUAAUAAUCACGCUAUAGACAUGAGACUCUGGGCCAGCCGUGUGGGUGAUGGCUUGGCGAAAAGCAGAUCACUAACUACAUUCAGUCUCACAGUUAACAAUCACGCUAAAGACAUCAUGGGAGACUGGGCCAGCGGUGUGGGUAAUGGUUUGGCGAAGAGCAGAUCACUAUUUACAUUCAGUCUCACAGUUAACAAUCACGCUAAAAAAAGACAUGGGACGCUGGGCCAGCGGUGUGGGUAAUGGUUUGGCCAAGAGCAGAUCACUAACUACAUUCAGUCUCACCGUUAACAAUCACGCUGAAGACCAGGGAUUCUGGGCCUGCCGUGUGGGUGAUGGUUUGGCGAAGAGCAGAUCACUAACUACAUUCAGUCUCACAGUUAACAAUCACGCUGAAGACAUCACGGGAAACUGGGCCGGCGGUGUGGGUGAUGGUUUGACGAACAGCAGAUCACUAACUACAUUCAGUCUCACAGUUAACAAUAAGGCUAAAGACAUGGGACGCUGGGCCAGCGGUGUGUGUAAUGGUUUGGCGAAGAGCAGAUCACUAACUACAUUCAAUCUCACAGUUAACAAUCACGCUGAAGACAUGGGAGACUGGGCCAGCGGUGUGGGUGAUGGUUUGGCGAACAGCAGCUCAUUAACUACAUUCAGUCUUACCGUUAACAAUCACGCGGGCGAAAUAGGUCGCUGGACGAACGACUUAAGCAAGGGCUUGGUUGAGAGCGGUUCUUUAAGAACGAUAAGAGUAGCAUUUAACUUGUACGGUGAGGACAGAAUUCGCUAGAUGUUUAGCCAGUCUCUCUCCCAUCCAUUUUUUCCCUUUCUAUUGAAUGCGUGGAUAGAACUUCGUAGAGCUAGAAAUUAGGACAAGGACACAGUUGAAGAGAAACAACCGUGUUAAAAUUCAUUUUAUUUGUCGGUAGAGACUGUAAGAAGUUUACUAAAAUUUUUUGGUCGGGACACAAGAAUUCAAACACUUGACAUACUUUUCUUCGUCUUAUGCUUAGCAGUGUUGUUAGUGAAGUGUAUUUGCUUGUAUAUGAAAGAGUUCAUUUUUAGUCGGUGUUAAAAAUAGCAUUUGUUCGUGCUAGUUUUACUCUUUGCACAAUCUGUGUCAGGGUGGCAAAUUUUUGGUUCGAAC